AUGGAUACGCAGGAAGAAGGUAUUAACAAGGCCACGGAAGAGCUCAAGGAAAUGGAAUGCAGCGAUAAUACGGAUCUUUACGGAGAUGCCGAUGAUCUGGAGAUGGGCGAUGAAGCCCGUGACUCUUUACAAGAAUUAAAUGUGAGUUCAUGUUGAUCGUAGCAUAAGUGCGGAUUAGCUGAGUUACGUCUUUUUUUAUGAUUCCUUUUUUAGAGUGAAUUGUGGGAUAAAAUACGAGAGGAAAAGAAGAACCAGCCAAGUAUGUUUGUUUCUGGUUGGGAGGAAGAUGAAACCGGACUGGAACCAGGAGAUCCGGACAAUGAGAGUGAGAGGUUCCUCACCGCGGCCGAGAUUGGAGAUCUGAAGACAUUAAAGGCCAUGUUCGAGAAUAAUCCGAGUUUAUUGGGCGUCAGAGAUCGAGAUCAUUACACUCCUCUACAUCGAGCGGCAUACAAUAACCAAGUGGAAACUUUGCGAUGGCUUCUUUCUGUCGGUAAUUCAUUUGAUUUGGUGUAUGCGUUUCAGAAGAUGGGGGGAUUUAUUUACAGCAAUAUGUUUGACACUACAGCGUUUCGCGUCAGCGACAGUUCGGGUUGACGAUACUUUAGGUUUCCUCGGUUCGUCGUUUUGUAUGCAUGUGGGAGACUUGGAAAAGGCUUAACUAAUUGAUAUAAUACGAUUUCUCAGGUCCUAGGAUAGUUUAUGACCUAUUUUGAAGUAUUUUUAAUGUACUUACACCAAUAAUAUCCAGAUAAAACUUAAGGAUUUUUUUCUGGAAUUUUUUUUUCUAUGGUACAGUAGCUCAGGGUCAAGAAAACUAAGGUUAGUUACGGCUAAAAUUUUAAAAAAUGAUCAUUUGUAAAUCUUCGCCACGUCUCCGCCAAAAAUCCAACCGCUUCCGCAAGCUCGUCUCUUUUCGAGCUUUUUCUGAAUCUUUGCCUAUCCUACGCCGCGUAUCCAUCGAUUUUGUGUUGCCCGAACUGUCUUCAAUCCAAAUAGUCGGGAAGUCAAAUCUUUUGGUUUAGGAGCUGAUCCAGAACUUCGCACCGAGGAUGGUUGGACAGUCCUCCAUUCGGCUGCCUGUUGGGGUGCUUAUCAAAUUGUUGGUCUAUUACUAAAACAUGGUGUAGAUGUUAACUGCCGGUCGAAUGGAAACCUCACUCCUCUUCACCUUGCCAUCAACUCGAAUUCGGAUAUUGUAAAUCAGAUUACCACCAUCAAAUAUUUGCUCGACACCCCUGGAAUCGAUAUGGCGGCUUUGAAUAAAGCAGGAGAGACUCCGUUGAUACUUGCCAGAAGAGCUCCGCCCGAGGUCUUGGAUGUUCUAACUAGCUAUCUAAAACGACCAUGA